AUGUUCGUGUCGACUGCUGGUAUUCGAGACGCUGCAGCUACCGGUCUCGGCGCGAGAAAGCUCGCAUCACGCUUUAUUGGACCGUUUACGGCCGGACGAUUGAAGAAGUACCAUCCGAUCGAGAUCCCUGACGAUGGUAUGUCCCCGAGCAGCACGGUGACAUUCCAGCGCGAUGGACUUCUACCUUUGGUCGACGCUUCAGGCGCUGGAUCGUUGAGCGAAUCGUUGAUCACGACCUACUCCAGUGCCGUAGUUCUCGCGCUGCACAAACUGAAUUGCCACACCCUGCAAAACAAGGAAGGACACUAUCGCGUGCGUUGA